AUGCAAGAUUAUGAUAAAGUUUUUAAACGUAUAAAAAGAGCGGUUGAAAAUGCUGAUAAAUGUGAGAAUCGACUAAAUAAUAAUUGUGUACGAAAGCGAAAGAGAUUGAGUUGCCUUAAUGAUUGCACUAAUCGUCAGAAUACUACUAAUUUACAUGUUAUUGAUAACCAUUAUCUUCCCGAUUCUGACUGA